AUGCGGAUCGAACAAGUUGAGAACAUUGGGGGAAAUAGAUCAUUACUUUCGUCAUAUUCAUCGAUAGAGUAUGACUGUUACAAUGAUGUGUUUUCAGACACUUACAAACGAUUCAUUGACUGUUAUGUCUACAAAGACGUUUUCUAUGACCAAAUUGGCGAAACAAAAUUUCCGACGUGUGGCAUUCAGUUAUUAUUAAAAGGCACAAACAGCAAUGAAGCGGUCUGUAUUGUACGUGGAUACUUCACCACUGAAUUUAUUAAUGGAAUAACUCAGUAUGAUGCAGAGAGGACAAUAUUAGUUACUGAAGAUGUCUAUAAUCAAUUGUCAUGGGGAUUAAUGAAGAAUGGGUUUAACCCUGUUUGUGCCUUCUUUAAACACACUUCAAACAUCAUGUCAACGUCACUUGCUGUUGUGAGAAACGACAGUAAUUGUUUCACUUUGCGUGCAGUGGAUCCAUUUAACAGGGUUCACACUUUACUGAGCUCAAAAGGGCAACUUCAAAUCGACUUGAAUGGGACGUUCACGUAUUGUACAGAGAAUCCAGUGGAGUCGUUGUCCGUAUUAUUAGUGAACAAAGAUUUAAUUUUAUUCCCCUUCUUCAACUUUACAAGAACAAAAGAAUUGCAAUACCCUAUCACAAAUUACCAAUGGAACGACACGAACAAACAACCUAAUUUGUGGGCACCACGAGAUAUUGUGUAUGGUGAUAUCAACGAAUCAUUGGCUCAGAAAUACAGCGACUACUACGACGACAAAUUUACGUGGACGUAUGACGUGUACUCGUACAAAGGAGAUGAUGUAGGGAAGUUGCCACUUGAAGACACCCACGACAUGUAUAUCAUCUUCAAGUUGAAUGUCAUCUUUUAUGUCCAGAUGGUUUUUAACUCGUCAACUACUUACUUCGUCGUGAAAAAUGGAAGUCAGACAAUUUCAAGUGGGCUACUCACAGCAACGGACUCGUCACCGACGGAGCAGAACUGUCACACGCAAACAUUGAAAAUGGUGGUCUACCCAUUUUCAAAGGAUAUGUGUACUAUCAAUAGAACAUUGUGUCGACAGUGUGGUGGAAGUGUCGACUGUGUUAUAAUCAAACAAGAACAGUCGUUUAUUGACCAACGUUGUGGAUAUGGCAACAAUGGAUAUUACUUGGUAUUUAAAGGAAAUAGUUAUGUGAUAGAUAUCAUCAACUCGACACUGACUACUCGAACUCCAAAUUAUAUCGACAGCUUCUGCCCAUUCCAGAAAAAUAGGUGCUUUGGUUAUGAGUGUGACCCUACUGAUUAUUUAAAGAAAUACGGCGGGGAGAAUACACAGUAUAUUGGGUGCUUCUUAGACUGUGGAGUUUGUGAUGUUGGAUACAGUUGUAAUGGGGUAGGAAAGUGUAUUAAAAAUAGAGUGCCUUCAAGCGCUUUGGACAUUCAGAUGCUUACUAUCUUUGUGUUUGUUAUAUUGUUAUCGUGGUGA